AUGGGGCCUGCAGCUUCGUGUUUAGCUGGAUUCUUCACGGCCUUUCUUCUUGUACAGAUUGCCGUACUCACCCAAGCUGUGAGCUUGGAUAUACAGAUUAACAUUCAGGUUCCAGAUGCAGAAGGGGUACUGUUGGAAUGUACUUCAGGAAGUUUGGUCCCACCAGCUGAGAUGACGUGGAGAGACAGUAAGGGGAAUGUAAUUCCACACUCACUAAAAUUUGACUCUCAGGAUGGAUUAUUGUACUUGAAGAGUAGCAUUCUUCUAAAGAACAGAACACAUGGUCCUAUUACUUGUUCCAUUUACAAUGUAACUACUAAUCAAGAGAAAAAGAGAAGCAUUGUCCUCUCAGAUGUCCUGUUCAAACCAGAGUAUAUAUCAUUGAUGUCAAACAGACCUCCGUGUCCUGUAAUAUAUUUGAGCAUUAUAUUUGUUCUUCAUUGUCUCAGAGGAAUACUUGUUUUUUGUUGUCUCAAAUGGAGAAAAAAAAUUGUGAAAGGUAAAGAAGAGGUGAGAUCAAAUAAAAUGAGGUUUUGCUAUGAGCUUACCUGGGAGUGUCUACCAUUAGUUUUGCAUAUUAUCUUCCUCCCUCUCUAUUUGAAUUUCAGGAGCAGAGCUUCUAUUUUGGACAAUGCAUACCAACUGUACAGUAAUUGGCUGUGGGACUUAUGCAUAAUCUUGGUUGUGAUAAUGGUAUUUUUCACUGGGCUCAUUUUGAUUCUACUUUGGACCCUGAACCACAAAUGGGCUCUGGAGCUGCAUGGGCCUUCUGGGACUGGAGAAACAUUCUGA